AUGAGGUUUUUGGUUUCGCUUGCAUUGAGUGUGGUUCUAGGCAGCAACUACGUACCGGUUAAGCGCUUUGAAAUGGGCGAUGGUGUUUUCUUCCAAUGGAUCCUCUGCAUCACUGUCUGGAUGUGUGGGGCGAUCCUGCAGUUGGCUGUGGGUGUUUCUCCCUUUGUGCCACUUGCUGCCACUGGAGGCAUGGCUUGGUCCAUGGGCAAUCUUUGCGUGGUUUUGAUCCUCCGCACCAUCGGACUUGCUCAGGGCAUGCUCAUUUGGGGCACAGCCAACAUGAUCAUGGGUUGGGGUGCCGCCCGUUUCGGCUUCUUUGGCAUCACUCCAGAACUCCCUCAAAGCCAACUAUUGCAGUACCUCGGCGUGGCCAUGGCAGCUCUCAGCGCGCUCUCUAUCAACGAGGAUGCAGAUGUUGCCGCACUCAGUCCACCAACACAUCAAACGCACAUGAUGGACACUGACACGAUGGCUUGGUGUGAUCGCCUCUCAGAUCACACGCGCCGGGCGAUGGGGUUGUUUUUAUCGAUUUUUAGCGGCAUCAUGUACAGUUUUGCCUUUGAUCCUGCCCAAUCGUACAUGGACCGAACGCUCGGGGCGAGUCAGCAGGCGUUCCAUUAUGUCUUUUCUCAAUUUUCAGGCAUCUUGAUGGGCUCUACUCUCUGGUUUGUCAUCUACAGUCUCGCGACGCGCUCGCGGCCCAACGUCUCCCCUGAAGUCAUUCUUCCCUCCAUGGCCAGCGGGGUGAUGUGGGCAAUUGCACAGACCUGUUUUAUGGUGGCUAAUCAACACUUGUCACAAGCGAUUGCAUACCCCAUUAUUACUGCGGUACCGGGCACGAUUGGCGCUUUGUGGGGCGUCUUGGUGUUUAAGGAAAUUCGAGGCCUGCGCAACAUGCUCGUUCUGACCUUGGCAUUUGCCAUUACCUUUACUUCCGUGGCGCUGACGGCAAUGGCCAAUGGUGCAUGA